AUGGAUAAAAUUAAAGGCGGCGGGUUUUCUGCCGGAGACUAUGACAAUAACCCGGCGGGCGCGACGUUUUAUUCAAGCAACCACCACACAGCUGGCGCCAUCUUGCCGCCGGUGGGCAGUCGGGAAGAUGAAGGGCCUCAUGUGAAGAAACACUACAGAGGCGUGAGGCAAAGGCCUUGGGGCAAGUGGGCCGCCGAAAUACGAGACCCCAAGAAGGCGGCCCGCGUUUGGCUCGGAACUUUCGACACCGCCGAGGAAGCAGCCCUCGCGUACGACAACGCGGCUCUCGAGUUCAAAGGAUCCAAAGCCAAACUCAAUUUCCCCGAAAGAGUCCAACCUGGCAACAAUAUAAGCGCAUCUCCUCAUGAACCGAACCCCUCGUCGAUGCUAAACUCUUUUCCGGGUCUCGAGCAGUAUGCACAAUUGCUAUCUAGCACCGAUGAUGCCGAUUUUCCUUAUUUCAAUUCCGGAUUAUACACGAGCACUAGUACUGGCGAUGUUCACAAUCAGCAGUUAUUAGGCUACGAAAAAUACUCAUCCGUUUCAAUGAUGUCGCCACCUAAUCAAGAAGACAAUCAGCAGUAUGGAAAUUUUUCAGCCGCCAGCUUGGGUUAUACAACUUACUUCAGCAACUACUCUGAUCCUAGCAACUCCAAUGGAUGA